ACAACUUUUGGAAUGCGUCUUUGUCGUCAUCUGACUCAUUGGAAAGUAAAGUACACCCACCGUUCGUUCGUCGGGAGGUUGGUAGAUCUUCUCAUUCGCCAUCACUGCACACUCCCACUUAAAAAGCCCAUAACCUAUGAUCCAAUCAACAUUAUUUUAAUUAAAAACUCCCAAAUCUUGCUUUUCUCAACUCAACUGGGGUUUCAAAGAUUUGUAUUUUGAAUUCACUAGUAUAGUUUAGGAGGGUGAUUAUGAGUUCUGGAAUGAAGAAUGAGGGAGGGUUAUGGAGGGUGUUGUAUGUUGUGUUAUUGGGUCAAUCGGUGUCUUUUUCAAUGGCCCUUAUGAGCUUUACUUCAUCUUUAUCUGCUAAUCUUGGUGUUAGUGCCCCCCUUGCUCUUGCAUUUUCCGCUUAUUUGCCUUUAACUUUGGUGUUUGGAAGCAUCUUGUUGUACCGUCGUCAAAAAUUACAAAUUUCUUGGUAUUGGUAUGCCCUCUUAGCAUUUGUGGAUGUUCAAGGCAACUUUUUUGUUAAUAAAGCAUUCCAGUUCUCGUCAAUUACAAGCGUGACGAUACUCGAUUGUGCGACGGUUAUUUGGGUCAUAAUUCUCACUUGGUUCUUUCUGGGUACAAAGUAUUCUUUAUGGCAGUUUCUGGGGGCGGCUCUAUGUGUUUCGGGGCUAUGUUUAGUGCUACUCUCUGAUUCUGGUGUGGGUGGUGGAGGUGGAACCAAUCCUGUUCUUGGUGAUGCACUUGUGAUUGCGGGGACAUGUUUUUUUGCAUUCAGCAAUGUUGGUGAGGAAUAUUGUGUGAAAAAGGUGGGUCGGAUUGAAGUAAUAGCGAUGCUUGGUUUAUUUGGAAUGCUUGUGAGCUUAAUUGAGAUGUAUCCUUUUUUGUUAAACCUCAGUGGGGCCCACCUCCAUGUAAUUCUGAAAGUUAUAUUAAUCUUUGCUGGUUUCGGGAUAUCAGGCUUUCUGUUCACUUCGUUGACCCCUCUUGUUCUGCAGGCGAGUGGAGCCACACUAUUCAAUCUCUCGUUACUCACCGCGGAUAUGUGGGCAGUGGUCAUUCGCGUAUUUUUAUACCACCAAAAGGUGGACUGGUUAUACUAUGUGUCGUUUAUAUUUGUUGGUAUAGGUCUCGUCGUAUAUUCCAAAACAUUUUACAGGGAGAAGUAUUCCAAUGAGUUACCAAAACUUGAAAAUAAUGAACCCGACCAACCGUACCAGCUGCUACCAGAGGAAGGUGCCCGAGUCUAGAGUUGAGGCCAGGGUACAACAUAAUUUGUUUCUGUAGCAUUUUAUAUAAUAAUUAUUACUUAUGUUAUACUCCUGUCGUAUGUUAGUGUGUAAGCAUAGUGAAUUUUUCUUAGCGUAAAAUGUAAUGGCAUCUUAUUUCACUGAGUAAAGUUCAACAACAAUGUUAGUAAGUUCAAUGAAGUGUGACUGAUCGGACCA